AUGCCUCCACGAACUGGCCUAAAGAAAAGCCGUAGUGGCUGCAUUACCUGCAAGCAACGCCAUGUUCGCUGUGAUGAACAAAAGCCUGAUUGCCAAAAUUGUAUCAAAACAGGCCGCAAGUGCGACGGCUAUGAUCGUACAAUAUCCCAGAAGCAACUGCAUCAGAAGGCCUUGCUCGCCUCCGACAGCAGCCGCACUUGCAGCCCAGAUAGCCGAGUAAUCCUUCUGGAGGGCACUAGCCAGGAGCGCGAGUAUAUUGCUCUGUUUUGCACGCAGACAUCGCAGGCCCUCACGGGCUUUUCUACGUCCGAUUACUGGAAUCGUCUGCUUCCUCAACUCAGUCAUUCCGAGCCUAUUGUCCGUCAUGCUGUUGUGGCAGUCGGCGUCGCUCACCAGCGGCAUCAGGGCAUUGCUAUAGAUUUCGAACAGACGGAAAAGUUCAUGCUUCAACAAUACAACCAGGCAAUUCGGCUUUUGAUGAAGCACCUAUCAACGCCUACGAAUGAAAAGCUCGACCUAACCCUGAUUACUUGCGGUCUGUUCAUGUGUCUUGAAAUGUUUCGAGGGGACCACAACAGGGUCCUCGACCACGCAGAGGCAGGGCUGGAGAUACUCGAACGGUCGAUUACAGGGUCUCAAUCUCAGUUUCAGUCGCAGACAGCCGACCAACAGAAAGCACACGAAGAGUUAUCAGAGCUUUUUUUCCGCUUUAAUGUGGAACUGCUCAUGUUUGCGCGGCGAAGCAAGCUACUCUCAAUAUUCACCGACCCAAAGCGCCUCCAGGUCCCUGCCACUUUCAAGAACAUCUCAGAUGCCCGUAAGGCCUCCACUUCUAUAGCCAACUACACUAUAACCGCAUUCAUGAAAUCGGGUGCAUUCACCCGUGAGAGUUACCAGCAGGAAGAGGGGAAGAAGUGGAUUCGUUCUCAGCUGCCCAUCAUGGAAGCGGCAUACAAUGCGUGGCUUGUCUCCUUCGAGAGAUUGCUGCAGACCAGGCAGGGCAAGUCAGCAGAUAAACGUGCAGUGCUCGUUCUCCGAAUCGAUUUCCUCACUCUCCUCACAUGGUCACUGGGUACUGUCCGGCGAAAAGAAACGGAUAAGGAUAAAUGGAAUAGCCACUAUGCAGAAAUGCUGACUUUGGUAGAAGAGCUCCUGCGUCUUGAGGCACAUUCCAGCGCCAAGCGGUAUUUCAGUCUGGAUCACGUUGUUAUCCGCGCUCUGCAAUGGAUUGCCACGAAUUGUCGGGAACCUGUGACCAGACAUAGGGCUUUCGAUCUUUUGGUGGGCAAUCAACGCCAAGAGAAUUUAUGGAACUCUCGCCGGUCAGCCAAGAUCGCCGAAUAUUUGAUCAAUUCUGAAGAAGCCAGUCUCUUGGAUCUGCCGGUCGAACAGAGGGUGCCUCCAGAGCACGAGCGGGUUGCAGCUCUCAUCUUUUGGGAUGAUGCAGCCCCUGGAAAGACUUGGUUGCGAACCAUGAAGCAUGAUCCACAGGGGGAGAUGCAAGUUUCGGUGGAGCUUAUAGAUUGGUCGCAAUAG